GCUGGCCUGGGAGGGGACGCGGAGGGGGCGGGCCGGGCUGCGCUCGCUCCAGCCGCGGCUCUAGAGCAGCCGGCGGCGGGACCCGGGACCCAGGUUGGCGACGGCAAUCGCGACGCGGGCCCCCAGGAUCUCCCGGCGCCCCACCUCUGGAGCAGCUCCUGCCGCCAGCGUCAGGUCCACCCGGAAUCAGGGACUUGCGGCGCCGAACGGACCCCGGCCGGGUGCAACGGGGUCCCCGGACUGGAGAAGACGCGGGUGGCACCGUGCGAGCUCCAGGAGCCCCGGGUCCACUGCGAGGCCUCGGGGGGCGCAGACCUGCGGAGACUGCGGCCAAUGGGAAGAAAUAAAGGGAUUAUAGUCCACCCAAUUCACAGACUUCUGAGACUCAGACACAAGGAGAGAUAGAGAACCACCAAUCUCUAGAUCAACAAGCAAAGGAGGUGCCAAGCCUGUUUGUCUUCAUUGUGACACUGGAGGUUUUGGAUGCUCUUCCAUAGAUAUCCUUCCAUACAUAUGUAUGUGUAUAUAUCCUUCUUAACAAAGGGGAGCUUACUUUACACUGUUCUCCAUUGUCCCACUUUCACUUGGAAAUGAUUUUCAUAUCAGUGCAUAAACAGUUGCCCAUAUUUCUUUCUAAGGAUGUACCAUAAUUUUACCAUCUUCCAAUUGAUGGACAGUUAGUUUACAGCCUUUUCUCUUAUAAACAAUUUGUAAUUAAUGUCUUUGUUCAAACAUCUGUGCAAACCCAUACGAGUAUACAGUACCUGAAGGACACAUUCUUACAAUGUAGCUGCUGGAAAAAUAUUACCCAAUUAUCCUCCCAAGAGAAUAUUCCAAUUUGGACUCAAGCAGAGUAUGUACAGAGAACCUAUUUCCCAUACCUUCUCCAAUGUGGUAAAAAUGGUGUCUUAGGCAACUGUGGCUGCCAUAACAAAGUGCAAUAGACCUAGUAACUUAUACACAAUAGAAAUAUCUUUCUCACAGUCUAGAUGCUGGGAAGUCCAAAAUCAGGGUGCCGGCAUGGUCAGUUCCUGGUGAAGCCUCUCUUCUAGGUUUCAGACUGCCUUCCUCUUUGUUGUGUCCUCGAAUGGCAGAAAAAGGGGUGGCUGUUGGAGGAAGGGAGGAGAGUAAAUGAAGAGAAAGAACUGGAAUAACCCCUUGCAGAAAAAAAAAAAAAAGGGAAGCAAGCUUAGCUGUACACCCUGAGUCUUGCAAAAGCUGCAGCCCCACCCAGGAGCAGGGUGGUGGCUGGGGCGAUGGUGGACGCCCUGAAGAUGUCCCAUGGCUACUGAAGGGGCUGCCCAGUUAGGGAACAGAGUGGCGGGCAUGGUGUGUAGCUUAUGGGUGCUGCUCCUGGUGUCUUCAGUUCUGGCUCUGGAAGAGGUAUUGCUGGACACCACCGGAGAGACAUCUGAGAUUGGCUGGCUCACCUACCCACCAGGGGGGUGGGACGAGGUGAGUGUUCUGGAUGACCAGCGACGCCUGACUCGGACCUUUGAAGCAUGUCAUGUGGCAGGGGCCCCUCCAGGCACCGGGCAGGACAAUUGGUUGCAGACACACUUCGUGGAGCGGCGCGGGGCCCAGAGGGCGCAUAUUCGACUUCACUUCUCCGUGCGGGCAUGCUCCAGCCUGGGUGUGAGCGGCGGCACCUGCCGGGAGACCUUCACCCUUUACUACCGUCAGGCUGAGGAGCCCGACAGCCCUGACAGCGUUUCCUCCUGGCACCUCAAACGCUGGACCAAGGUGGACACAAUUGCAGCAGACGAGAGCUUUCCCUCCUCCUCCUCCUCCUCUUCUUCCUCUGCAGCGUGGGCUGUGGGACCCCACGGGGCUGGGCAGCGGGCUGGACUGCAACUGAACGUCAAAGAGCGGAGCUUUGGGCCUCUCACCCAACGCGGCUUCUACGUGGCCUUCCAGGACACGGGGGCCUGCCUGGCCCUGGUCGCUGUCAGGCUCUUCUCCUACACCUGCCCUGCUGUGCUCCGAUCAUUUGCCUCCUUUCCAGAGACGCAGGCCAGUGGGGCUGGGGGGGCCUCCCUGGUAGCAGCUGUGGGCACCUGUGUGGCUCAUGCAGAGCCAGAGGAGGAUGGAGUAGGGGGCCAGGCAGGAGGCAGCGCCCCCAGGCUGCACUGCAACGGGGAGGGCAAGUGGAUGGUAGCUGUCGGGGGCUGCCGCUGCCAGCCUGGAUACCAACCAGCACGAGGAGACAAGGCCUGCCAAGCCUGCCCACGGGGGCUCUAUAAGGCUUCUGCUGGGAAUGCUCCCUGCUCACCAUGCCCUGCCCGCAGCCACGCUCCCAACCCAGCAGCCCCUGUUUGCCCCUGCCUGGAGGGCUUCUACCGGGCCAGUUCCGACCCACCAGAGGCCCCCUGCACUGGUCCUCCAUCAGCUCCCCAGGAGCUUUGGUUUGAGGUGCAAGGCUCAGCACUCAUGCUACACUGGCGCCUGCCUCGGGAGCUGGGGGGUCGAGGAGACCUGCUCUUCAAUGUCGUGUGCAAGGAGUGUGAAGGCCACCAGGAGCCUGCCAGCGGUGGUGGGGGCACUUGUCGCCGCUGCAGGGAUGAGGUCCACUUCGACCCUCGUCAGAGAGGCCUGACUGAGAGCCGAGUGUUAGUGGGGGGACUCCGGGCACAUGUACCCUACAUCUUAGAGGUGCAGGCUGUCAAUGGGGUGUCUGAGCUCAGCCCUGACCCUCCUCAGGCUGCAGCCAUCAAUGUCAGCACCAGCCAUGAAGUGCCCUCUGCUGUCCCUGUGGUGCACCAGGUGAGCCGGGCAUCCAACAGCAUCACGGUGUCCUGGCCGCAGCCCGACCAGACCAAUGGGAACAUCCUGGACUAUCAGCUCCGCUACUAUGACCAGGCAGAAGACGAAUCCCACUCCUUCACCCUGACCAGCGAGACCAACACUGCCACCGUGACACAGCUGAGCCCUGGCCACAUCUAUGGUUUCCAGGUGCGGGCCCGGACUGCUGCCGGCCACGGCCCCUACGGGGGCAAAGUCUAUUUCCAGACGCUUCCUCAAGGGGAGCUGUCCUCCCAGCUUCCGGAAAGACUCUCCUUGGUGAUCGGCUCCAUCCUGGGGGCUUUGGCCUUCCUCCUGUUGGCAGCCAUCACCGUGCUGGCGGUCGUCUUCCAGCGGAAGCGGCGUGGGACUGGCUACACGGAGCAGCUGCAGCAAUACAGCAGCCCAGGACUCGGGGUGAAGUAUUACAUCGACCCCUCCACCUACGAGGACCCCUACCAGGCCAUCCGAGAACUUGCCCGGGAGGUCGAUCCUGCUUAUAUCAAGAUUGAGGAGGUCAUUGGGACAGGCUGUUUUGGAGAAGUGCGCCGGGGCCGCCUGCAGCCGCGGGGACGGAGGGAGCAGACCGUGGCCAUCCAGGCCCUGUGGGCCGGGGGCGCCGAAAGCCUGCAGAUGACCUUCCUGGGCCGGGCCGCGGUGCUGGGUCAGUUCCAGCACCCCAACAUCCUGCGGCUGGAGGGCGUGGUCACCAAGAGCCGACCCCUCAUGGUGCUGACGGAGUUCAUGGAGCUUGGCCCCCUGGACAGCUUCCUCAGGCAGCGGGAGGGCCAGUUCAGCAGCCUGCAGCUGGUGGCCAUGCAGCGGGGAGUGGCUGCUGCCAUGCAGUACCUGUCCAGCUUUGCCUUUGUCCAUCGCUCGCUAUCUGCCCACAGCGUGCUGGUGAAUAGCCACUUGGUGUGCAAGGUGGCCCGUCUUGGCCACAGUCCUCAGGGUCCAAGUUGUUUGCUUCGCUGGGCAGCCCCAGAGGUCAUUGCACAUGGAAAGCAUACAACAUCCAGUGAUGUCUGGAGCUUUGGGAUACUCAUGUGGGAAGUGAUGAGUUAUGGAGAACGGCCUUACUGGGACAUGAGUGAGCAGGAGGUACUAAAUGCAAUAGAGCAGGAGUUCCGGCUGCCCCCGCCUCCAGGCUGUCCUCCUGGAUUACAUCUACUUAUGUUGGACACUUGGCAGAAGGACCGUGCCCGGCGGCCUCAUUUUGACCAGCUGGUGGCUGCAUUUGACAAGAUGAUCCGCAAGCCAGAUACCCUGCAGGCUGGCAGGGACCCAGGGGAAAGGCCUUCCCAGGCCCUUCUGACCCCUGUGGCCCUGGACUUUCCUUGUCUGGACUCACCCCAGGCCUGGCUUUCAGCCAUUGGACUGGAGUGCUACCAGGACAACUUCUCCAAGUUUGGCCUCUGUACCUUCAGUGAUGUGGCUCAGCUCAGCCUGGAAGACCUGCCUGCCCUGGGCAUCACCCUGGCUGGCCACCAGAAGAAGCUGCUGCACCACAUCCAGCUCCUUCAGCAACACCUGAGGCAGCAGGGCUCAGUGGAGGUCUGAGAAUGACGAUGCCCGUGACUCAGCCCUGGACACUGGUCUGAGAAGGGACAUGUGGGAUGUGAGCCGGGCUCCAACAGCCUCUGUGAGAGAUGCCCCACACCAAACUCAACCCUCCCGAUGGCUGCAUUCUCUGGUCCUCCGCCUCUCCACCAGCCUCCUCCUCAUUAAAUGGAAAGAAGGGAAUUUGCAA